GUUUUGAUAAUAAUUUAUAUUUAAAAAUUUCAACAAAUUCACUUUUAAAACUAUACUGAAAUAAUGUCAAAUUAAAAUUAAAGAAAUAUUGCAAAAUUUUUCACUUGUCCUGAAGAAGAUGAGGGAGUUGGCGCUAGAGUUAUUAGAGUUAUUGGCAGCGACUUUUGUAGAAGAUUGGAUCCAUUUUUGAUGCUUGAUUAUUUUAUGGUUAAACUGCCAGCAGGAUUUCCUGAUCAUCCUCACAGAGGAUUCGAAACUGUAACUUAUAUGUUAGAAGGUACAAUGCUUCAUGAAGACUUUAAGGGAAAUAAGGGUACACUUGAACCUGGAGAUAUUUAAUGGAUGACAGCUGGUAAAGGAAUUGUCCACGCUGAGAUGCCAGGAUCUAAAGAUUAAACUUCUUAUGGGUUUUAAUUGUGGGUAAAUUUAGAUAAGAGUAAUAAAAUGUGCGACCCUCAAUAUUAAGAAUUUAAAGCUGAAAAGCUACCUGUAGUUUAGAGAGAAGGUAUAUGGAUAAGAUUGAUUGCAGGUGAAGCGUUAGGAGAAAAAGGACCAAUUUUUACAAGAACUCCUGCCUUUUAUAUGGAUGUCAAGCUUGAAAAAAAUGUUAAAUUUGAUUAACAUAUUCCUAGUUAAUUUAGAGGAAUGAUAUUCUUAUACGAAGGAAGCGUUGUUGCAGGAGGUAAUUUAUAAGAAGUUGAAGAUAAAUAGGCUGCUAUUUUUGAACCAUAAGAAGAAGCAGAAAAUUUACACAUCGUUGCUGGUGAAAAAGGUGCUAAAUUUAUUCUAUUUGCUGGUUAACCCCUCAACGAAGAAAUUCAUAGUUCUGGACCUUUCGUCCUAGAAUCAUAAGAAAGUUUAAAUUAAACUUUCGAAGAUUACGAGUAAGAAAAAAAUGGAUUUGAAGGAGCUGGCGAUUGGAAAUCUGAAAUUUAGUUUUUAGCAGAGUUAAAUUAAGAUUGA